AUGUUAACAAGAAGAAAAAGUUCUGAAUUAAAAUUGAACCAGAGAUUAUUAAAAGAUAAAGGAAAAGAUGAGAGCAACCUGAAGAUUUAUAUAAAAAACAAAUAAACCAGAAAAGUCUUAGAAGUAAGAAGUUAGCAUUAAAUGAAAGUGUCGAGUCAUUAAAUAUUUAUUUCCAAUCCAAUAAUAAUGUUUUGAAACAAUUUAUAAUGGAGAUGAUAUAAUAGGGUAAGAUAGAACAGGUUCAGGUAAAAUAUUUGCCUAUUGUCUACCAAUUCUAGAAAGAAUACGAGGAUUAGGAAUAAAAUAAAUAAAAUAAAAAUCCUUAUGUAUUAGUAUUAUUACCAACAAGAGAAUUGGCUAUCCAAGUAACUACUGA